CCGCCGUUCGGCGCGCUCCGCGGCGGCGGCAGCAGCGCCGGCGGCGGCGGCGGCGGCGCGCCGUCUGCAGCUGCGGCCACGGCCGGCAGGGCUCUGCCCGGCAUUGUAUCCGUUUUGGGAUUUUGCGUCGGCGUCGCAUGGAUCGACACCAUCGCCGGGGAGGUCGUCGGCGCCCUCAGCUUCCUCUCAGCUCUCGCCAGCUUCCCGGCGGGCGUCACCGGCCUGACGCUGCUCGCGUGGGGCAACUCGCUCGGCGACUUUUUCGGCAACCGAGCGAUGGCGCGGGCCGGCCACGCGAGCAUUGCCACGACGGCCUGCUUCGCGGCGCCGCUCUUUAAUAUGCUCAUGUCUUUGGCGCUGGGUUUCGGGGGCUACCUCGCACGGCACGGCGCGGGCGCGCUGCGCGUGUCGCUGACCCCCGAGGUUGGGCUCGGGUGCGGCUUUCUGAUAGUCUACAAUCUCGCGAUCAUCGCCGUCGGGCGCGCGACGGGGCGGCUGCCAUGGUGGUUCGCGGUGUUCGCAAGGGUGUGGUACGGGAUUUAUUUCGUCGUCGCGUGCGCCUCGGGGUUUGGCGCGUUUGGGGGCGGCGGGGGCGGCGGUGGCGACGGGGCCGGCAGCUCGUUCUGA